AUGGGUGAUACUAUUGUAUCUGAAAUUUCAAAUGCCAAUAUUAAUAAUAACAAUACAGACUACUCAACAUCAAGCACAACAACAUCUGAUACAUCAGAGUUGACAGUUUCAACUGAUAGUUUUUCAAUACCACCACAACAUCCACCUCCAUUACCACCAUUACAACCAACAAUACAACACCUACAAGUACCAGCACAUCCACCACUAUUACAACAACAAAGUAGUUCUGGUAGUUUAAGUUCACUUGGAUCUACAAAUAAAAGACUACCCACUCCAAACCCAAAUCAACCAAAAACAUACCCAUUACACGAAGCAGCAUAUAAAGGUGAAUAUGACCGUUUAGUUUCAUUAAUUUUAUUUACACAAGGCAAAGUUGGUGGAGCACAGAAUAUAAAAUCACCAGGCGGUUCACCACAAUCAUCGAGACACAAUCAUUCACCAUCAUCACCAACAGCAGCAGCAGCAGCAGCAGCAAUAGCAUUACAACAACAACAACAACAAAAUCAAAAUCAACCACAACAAGAUUUUACUGGAAGAACAGCAUUACAUUAUGCUGCAAAUAAAGGUCAUGUUGGUUGUGUAGAAUUACUAUUAAGAGCAGGUGCAGACGCAAAUAUUAAAGAUUUAACAGGUAAAAUUCCAAAAAAUCUAACUAAAGACCCACAAGUUAUAGCAUUACUUUCAACUCCAAUUGAGGAAAUUAAAAAACAUAAAAAACAAAAAUCAAAAGUUCACAGCAAUAAAACUCAUUCCCCAAUUUAUCAAUCACCAAAAAUUGAAUCUCAACAAACAAAUUUAUAUAAUAGCACAAGUGGUAAUAGUUUAAAUUGUAGUAGUAAUAGUAUAUCAUUUAAUAGUAGUAAUAGUUUUAAAGAAGAUGUUGAACCACAGCAACCACAACAAUCACCACCACAACAAUCACAACCAAUACCUCCAACAACCACAACAACCAGUACAACAACCACAACCACUGCAACUAACAAUAAUUCACUAUCAUCAUCUUCAUCUAUUGUAACCACACCAUCACCAAAUUCAAAUGAAGCAGAAAAACAACAAUAUAUAAUCUCAGUAGAAUCAAAUUUAUCACCUGCUAUACUUUCAAUGACCAAAGAUGAAAAUCAUGGAUCAAUUCAACACUCACCAUUAAAUAGUCAACAUUUAUCACCCAAUGAAGAUGGAUCAUCAUCGUUACAUAGCAGAACACCAUCAACCGACUCAACUUCGACAACUACAACAACUAUUUCAAAUUUAACUAUUAGCACUGCAACUAGUACAUCAUCUAAUAUUCACAGUAGUACUGGUAGUGGUAGUAAUAGUACAACACACAACACAACCUCACCAGAUGUUACACCAAAAUUAGAUAAAUAUGGCUUCGUUAAAACAUCAAAUCCAAACCAAUUGAACGAUGAAGAAAUUAAAACUAAAAAAAUGGAAAAAAUUGAAAGAAAAUGGGUUAAACUUAUCAAAUUUGAGGUAUCAUUUACCUCAUCAAAAAUCCGUGAACGUUUACCUAAAGGUAUCCCAAGCUCAGUUCGUGGAAGUGCAUGGAAAAAAUUAUUCGAAACUGUUUCAAUCAAAAACAAGGCAAAAGUUAGUUACACUGAACUAUUAACCAAACCAUUACCACAGGCUGUUCAUGCACAAAUUCAAAGAGAUCUCGAUAGAACAUUCCCAAAACACAGUUUCUUCCAAGAAAAAGGUGGUAUGGGACAACAAAUUUUAUCAAAUAUUUUAACAGCAUUUUCAAUCUAUAAUCCAGAGGUUGGUUACUGUCAAGGUAUGGGUUUCAUUACAUGUCUACUUUUAAUUUAUAUGGCCGAAGAAGAUGCAUUUUGGAGUCUUAUUCAAUUAACAGAGCGUUAUGGUAUGUCAGAAAUGUGGAAACCAGACUUCCCAUACCUUCAAACUAGUUUUGGUAUUUUAGAUACACUUUUAGAGACUCAUUUCCCACAGUUACAUUCUCAUUUCCAAAAGCAAAAUGUAUUUACACCACUUUUUGCAUCUCAAUGGUUUAUUUGUCUUUUAAUUUAUAAUUUACCAUUCCCCUAUAUAGUCCGUAUUUGGGAUCUUUUCCUCUACGAUGGUCUUGUAGUUAUAUUUGCCGCUUGUUUGUCUCUCUUUAAAAUCUACGAAGAUCAACUUUUAAAAAUGGAAUUUGAAGAGAUUUUAAAUCUUUUAAAGUUUUCUCACGGCGAAGAUAAAAAUAUAAAAGGUGACGUUUCAACAUUUAUGAAAUUAGUUGUGCACUAUAGAAGUAAAAUCAAGCAUACAAUCAAAGAUGGUCUAAUUAAAGAUCCAAAUGAACAUCGUUCACACAAUCAUUCACAUUCAAACAGUAAAAUAUCAAUAAAUUAA